CCACCGUAGUUGGCGCAGCAGAAGAUUAUUAUUUUUUAAUUUUUAACACUAGGAUGAGUAUCCGUUUGAUACAACGGAUUUUCAGAAAUAAUGAAAAAUAAUAGCGUAUUUGGGAAAGUCCACGUCAGACUGCAUGACGUGAAAACGUUUUGAUAUCUGGUGGGGGGUCGGAGUUCAAUAUAUUCUGAUGAUGUCAUCGUCUGAAGAUGGCUGAAGGAGAAGGCUGGUGGGGAGGUUGGUUUCAGCAGAGCUAUCAGGCCGUGAAAGACAAGUCAUCUGAGGCCUUAGAAUUCCUGAAGCGAGACCUGACAGAGUUCUCCACUGUGGUUCAGCAUGACACGGCCUGCUCGAUUGUGGCUACAGCCAAUGCUGUCAAAAACAAGCUUGCUGUGGAAGGGUCUUCUGAGACAACAGAGAAGGUGAAGAAGAGCCUGUCUAGUUUCUUGGGGGUGAUAACAGACACUCUUGCUCCACCUCCUGAUAAAACCAUUGAUUGUGAUGUCAUCACGUUGGUGGCAACGUCAGCAGGAACCACAGAGGUUUAUGACAGUUCUAAGGCGCGUCUCUACAGUUUGCAGGCUGACCCCGCCACAUACUGCAAUGAGCCUGAUGGCCCUCCUGAGCAGUUUGAGUGCUGGCUGUCCAGUUUCAGUCUGGACGAGAAGAAAGGCGAAAUAUCAGAACUUUUGGUCAACAGUCCAUCUAUACGAGCUCUCUACACCAAAAUGGUUCCAGCUGCCGUGUCCCAUUCAGAAUUCUGGCAGAGAUAUUUCUACAAGGUCUUCCAGCUGGAUCAGGAGGAGGCGAGGAGAGUGGCCCUGAAGCAAAGAGCAGAGCAAAGUGCUCACAUAGAGACCCUCGGAUGGGAGGAGGAGGAGGAAGAUGAUUUUAUUGGAGCUGCUUCACCAUCUCAUCCUCCCUUCACAUCCCCAUCAGACUCCAACCCCUCCUCCGGCCCUACAGUUCCCACUGAGACCACCCUGGUGAGCCCUGCCCUUUCUCCGAGCGAAGAGCCCAACACCACCCUCUCAGUCAGCAGUGACAGCAUCAGCCUGCCGACGCAGGUGGAGGUGCAGCUUCCGCCCGCCGCCUCAGAGCUCACCAACAAACUGAACGAAGCAACGUUGGAGGACGUCGUCGACAACAAACCAGAGGAGCAGAAGACGGGAAGGAGUGACUCGCAUCCAGAGGCUCAUGGGGAGCCAUCUGCUGCAACAUCAAUGCGUAGUUCUGCUUCUAAGCAACCAGAGGUGGUGAAAGAAGAGGGGCCGCAAGACCUGAGAGUGUUUGAGCUCAACUCCGACAGCGGAAAGUCAACACCCUCCAACAACGGCAAGAAAGGCUCUAGCACAGAUGUGAGCGAGGACUGGGAGAAGGACUUUGACCUUGACAUGACAGAAGAAGAAGUGCAACUGGCUCUGUCUAAAAUAGAGGAUACUGGAGAGCGCAGAAACAUCGUCUCAACGUGACCAUCCUGGCAACAGAGCCAGCCUGAAUGUCAGGGGAGCGGGCGACGGUGCCAGGUGUCUGA